UUAUAAGAGGAUUUUCACGAGUUUUCACUUUAAUAGAAUGUUGUGUAAUGUUGAUUGGUAUUCAAAGUGAUUUCUACAAACAGUUUCAGAAGAUUUAAGAGCAUACAUAAAUAAAAUGGAAGUUAUAAAAUGAAACCUUCUGCAAGACCACAGGCUAGUGGUAUACCAUGUCUGAAAGUACAACAAGGAGGGUGUGUUCUAGAUCACACAUUGAGGGGGAAUGUAGUUAGAAAUAAUGGAAGAACUAUUGUCAGACCAAGUGAAGUUAAUAACAGAUUUAAGUCCCAAUUUGGGGAACAGGGUAAUAGUUUAAAACUGCAAACAGGAGAAUGGAAUAGUAGAUUUAGGGCAGGAGUAGUAGAUCAUGACAACAGAUUCAGUAACCAAAUAAGAGACCAGGACAGUAGAUUUAGAAAACAAACAGGGAUACAGGAGAACAGAAUUAGAAACCAACUAGGGGACCAGGGCAUUAGAUUAAGAACACAAAAUGGGGAGCAGGAGAAAAGAUUUAGAAACCAAAUUGGGGAACGAGACAGCAGAUUAAGAAACCAACUAGGGGACCAAGGCAAUAGAUUGAGAACACAAAUUGAGGAGCAGGGGAAUAUAUUUAGAAAACAAGUUGGGGAACAGAACAGAUUAAGAAACCAAGGGGAACAGGAGAACAGAUCUAGAACACAAAUUGGGGAACAGGAAAGCAUUUUGAAAUAUCAAAAAGGUGAACAGGACAAUGAAUUUAAAAUUCAGAUAGCGGAACAGAAUCAAAUUGAAAAAGAGCAGAAAAGAGUGUUUGAUAGAAAAAAAAUUGUUAAGACUGAAAGAGAGGAUGUGGAAAAAGAAAAAGUACAAGCCAGAGACUGUAUAGAAACUGAACAUGGUAGAUCACUGCAACAUGACAAUGCAGGGACAGGUGAGCAGAGUACAGAACUGGUAGCUAGUGAUGAUAAAGUAUCCUGUGACCAGACAGAAGGGACCAGUAAUAUAAUUCAAAAAGACGAAAACUAUACUGCUAGCAUUAGUAUAGAACCAGCUGUGUACAAAUUUGGGGGUGAAGCUAAGAUAAGGAAACUUCCCACUCCGUUAAAACAUAAGUCACCGGAUACUCCUGCAAAAAAUGAACUGUCACAGAAUGCUAUUGGAAAAAGAGUUAUGAUGGAUUAUCCAAUCAGAGGCACCAUUUCUCCAUUGUCUGAUCAGGCAAUUAAUCAAAAAUCGUUUGUCUUUGGUAGACCAUCUUCCCCUGUCAACCAUUCAGAUAUCCAAAGAUGUAAAUCUCCCCCAGAUCAGUCACGACCCUUGUCACCUUUAUCAGAAAGCUUAUCAAACAGAAGACCUGUCUAUGGUAAACCACCAAAAUAUGUUCCUCCGUCAAGUCGUAGUGCGAAACAGGGAGCUUAUGCAAAAACUGGAGGGAUUUGUGAUCAGUGUAAUAACUGCCUCCUCGACUUGAAACGUCAAGCGGUGAGAUUAAUGAACGUGGAAAAGCCAUCAUCCAAUAAGGUUUUAGAUGUAGAUAAAAUAGGGGAAAAGCUCCAAAUCACAGACCACAAAGCACAAAGCAAUGGGCACUGUACUACCUGUGACACAAAUCUACAACACUUAAAGCAAGAGGCCCUGGCAAUGGUCCAGUGUAUACAGCAGGCCCAAAGUGAAGGUCCAAAAUCUGGCAUAAGACCUCCAAACACCUAUGCAAGGUACACCAAAAGCAAAAGUCAGCCGUUGCCAGCCAAUGGUCAACCAAUCCAUCCAAAUCAAGCCUGGAAGUCUGUUCAGAACAAUAACCACAUCUACGAAGAACCAAACAUGAAUGUGGAUCAACAACAUAGUGGAUUAAAUUAUGGACAAGUGGAUAUGUUAAAUAAUUAUUCUGUGUCUGGAAUACCUACUUACAUGAGGAAUCAGUAUUACUCACAGCCUCCGAACUUACCUCCGCCAAAUCCUGGAAUGUCAACAAAUAUACCUCAAUACAACCAGCAAAAUUUUAAUCAAGCGAUGGGAUCUCCGUCAAAUAUUCCGCAAUACAAACAACAAAAUUUUCAUCAAGCUAUGGGAUUACCAUCAAAUGUUCCUCAAUACAACCAGCAAAACUUGAAUCAAGCAUUGGGAUCACCGUCAAAAAAUCCUCAAUACAACCAACAAAAUUUUAAUCAACAAAUGGGAUCACCAUCAAAUAUUCCUCAAUACAACCAGCCAAAUUUUAAUCAACAAAUGGGGUCACCAUCACAUAUGCCUCAACAUAACCAGCCGAACUAUAAUCAGGUCAUGGGAUCACCUCAAUACGGUCAACAUCAACAGAUUGGCUCGCCAAAUAUGCCACAGUUUAAUCAACAGAUGGGUUCACCUCAAAAUGUACCUGCCUUUAAUCAACAAAUUGGUUCUCCACCUCCAGGAUCAUAUCAACGGAUGAUGUCACCCCCGCCAGGAUAUUCGUCACGGAUGUCAUCACCGCCACCAUCUGCAGCUGCUUCCUUUUUUGCAAGAGCUGCACAGAAGCUGGGAAAGAAGAAACGGCGUCACCAAGCAACACAACCAGACACACCUUCAUUUCCGACAAAGUUUUACGAGGUCGUGAGAACAAACCCGCCUCCUAUUCCGCCAUGUUUGUUACGAACUGUUGGCAGGGUACAGAAUCCUGGUGUUGGCAAGGUGAAGGUCAUGUUAAAGAUAUGUCCAUCAACCCAUCACAGUGACCAGGGAACUUCCUUCCUAUCUAUAGAUCCUCGCAGAAAACAGAUCACAGUAUUUGAUCCUACAGCCAGUGGUAUCCCAACAUCUGCACACAGAAAAACAUCAGCUCCUAAAAUGUUUGCCUUUGAUGCUGUCUUUUCUCCUGAUGAUUCACAGAGUGAAUUAUGUUCCAGUAGUCUGACAGAAAUCAUACAAGGCGUGGUUAGUGGUGCUGAUGGGUGUGUCUUUACAUACGGUCAUUCAAAAAUAGGAAAAUCAUACACCAUUGUAGGAAGUGACAAAUCAGCCCAGACUUUAGGAAUAAUACCUAGUGCCAUUACCUGGCUUUUUCGUUUGAUUAAUGAACAAAAGGAUAAAACUGGUGCCCGGUUCUCAGUGAGGGUAUCAGCAGUAGAAGUAACUGGAAAACAAGAAUUGCUCAGAGAUUUAUUGAGUGAAGUUGCUCAGGGUACUGAAUCUGGACAGGGAACCUCACCAGGUGUAUACCUAAGAGAGGACCCUAUUUGUGGUACACAGCUAGAAAACCAAAGUGAAUUACGUGCACCCACUGCUGAGAGAGCAUGCUACUAUCUUGAUGCAGCACUGGCCUCAAGAACUGCUCUUGACGAUGAUGGCCAGUCCUCACAUAUGCUAUUCACCAUACAUGUAUAUCAGUACAGAAUAGAGAAAGCUAACCAAGCUGGAUUACCUGGAGUUGCUGGUGGCAGGAGUCGUUUACAUCUGAUCGACCUUGGAAGUCCUUCAAGGGGCAAAGACCCCAAUGACACGUGCCUGAAUUUACCUGCUCUUGGCAAUGUCAUCAUGGCUUUACUGAAUGGGCAAAGACAUGUACCUAACAGGGAUAGUAAAGUAGCACAACUUUUGAAAGACUCCCUAGGAAAUAUUUCAUGUCGAGCAUGUAUGAUAGCUCAUGUUUCUUCAUCAGUACAUAACUACAAUGAAACUUUACAAGUCAUACAAUUAGGGGCCAGAAUACACAGAAUGAGACGAAGAAAAACAAGAUUUUCUGGAACAAGUUCUGAUGACAGUUCAACAGAUGAAAGUCGAUUACGGCGACCCCUAAGGGGAUUUCGAAUGGGGACAUUAAGGGAAGACAUGGUAUAUUCAUCUUCCUUAUCAGACCCAGAUUACACUUCAAGUAGUGAACAAUCAUGUGAUACCGCCAUUUAUCUAGGUCCAAAUGGACUAUCAUUAAGUGACAGGGAAGUUACUGACAAUGAGGGACCACCUCGAUCUGUGCCUCGAACAAAUCCACGACUUCCACGUCGACCAAGUGGAUCAAGGUCAUCAGGGGAUGAAGGAUCAGCCUCUGAUAGUGGGAGGAGUAAUAUUACCGAGUUGAGAUAUUAUCACAACAUGAAUAAGCUACCAAUGAGAUCUUCAGAAAGUCCGGAAGUUAUGUCACCGCCAUUGUCACCAACUUUGGGCCUUGUUCAUGUGCCAAAGAAAAGUAAUAUACGAACAAGGUUGUCAAGUUCAAAGGAGGAUAAAAACCGACAAGUUAAUCAGCCGAAAGAUAUAAAAGGCGAGCAAUGGAUUGACGGACCAGGUGCAAAUGUUAAAAAACGACCAGAGCAAUGGAUAGAUGGACCAGAUGCUGUUUUCAAGAAACAAGAGAAACAAGAACCAAAGAAACAUCUUUUCAACCCUAAAAUGAAUGCUGAAGAACAGUGGGUUGAUGGUCCACGAGAAAUGUGUACCGGGUCACAUACUAGCAAAUCUGGAAAAUCUGAUCCCAAGAACAGCAAGGCUAAAUCAAAAUUAGAAAGACCAGACAGCACAGCAAGUGCAGAAAGUAGUUCUUCUUUAACACCUCAGGUGUCAAAUUCAAGACCAACUAGUAUAAACGAUUCAGAUAAUAAUGUGAAACCAUUUGUAAGAGACUGGGUGGACAAUUUACAAAUGGAAGCUGAAAUUGAGGCUUCAGCUGAAGCUAAAUACAGGAGACCUAAACCUGAAAAUAAAAAGAAAAUGUCUGUGUCUACACCCAAACAUUCACCUCGACACUCGCCUAAAAAUUCACCAAGUUUGAAACGAAAAGAAGCAGUGACACAAAAUACUCUGACUAAGUCACAACUUCCCGCACCAACAAGUACCACAAAGCGUGUCACUGAGUGGUUACGAUCAGUUUCAUUAGAACAGGAUGAAAAAGCCGAGGAAACAAAAUGUAAACCUGCUGAACCUGAGGUUCAAAGUUCAGCAGACGCAGGGUGUCCCGAUGAAAUGGCAAAUAUUGCCGAUAUUAGUUUCGAUAGUAGUGCGGACACAGGUGAAUUCAGCACUGUAAUCCAACAUAACCGUGAUUCAAUCUACGAAAUUCAGGUGGACGAACAAUUAGAGCAUAACUGUGGUACAAAUGACGUGGCUGAUGAUGACACAUUCAGUAACUUGUCUUGUAGUCAUGAAAACGAAGAAGAAACGGAAUGUGAUAAAACAGGUUUAGAAAGUGUUCAAGAAGAAAUGAUGAAGUCAGAUCAUACAUGUUAUGAAUGUAAUAAAAAUAAAAAUUUUGAUUACGAAAGUAUAUAUAAACUUGCACAGCCGUUGUCACGGAAACCUGAUGGUGCGUCUAAUCCAAACUUAUCAAGUGAUUUUGAACUGUAUGGUAAAACGCCACCUAGUGAAUAUGUUAUUAAUAAUGUUCAAUUUGUUUCUAGUCAAGAACAAAAUUCUACCUCAGAUGUGUUAAAAGACUUGUCUCUCAAGUAUACCUUAGAGAGAGAUACUUCGAUCAGCAAGACUUCAUCAAAAUCUAAACCUCCUCUUCCACAAAAAUCAUUGUCACGUUCGUCAUCAGCGGCAUCGAGUCCUGCCCAAUCAAGAGACACAUGCAAAUCUAAUAAAACAUCAACAUCUUCAAUACCCUUGUCUUGUACUAGUAAAACAAAAGAAAGGGUCCGUCAAUUGUCAUCUGAUUCAAGUACGGUACCAAUCAGUAGUAGUAGUCCGUCAUCUGUGUCUAGUGCUUCGUCACCAUCAACAAGUAGACUUCCUAUUCUUUCAAAUAGUAAAACAAAGUCAAAAACAAAAAAAGGUGAAAAGGGUAAACUUCACAAUGUAAGGAUUAAUGAGUUAAACGUUAGUCGAGGAACCGAUUCAGACAGUGGUAAUGAUAGUGGAAUCGUUUCUUACGAACGUAGUUUACUUUCUCCAUAUAGUACUGUGACAAAACCUCGGACACCUAGUCACUCCAGUAGUGGACAUGGAAGUGAUAAUAGUAGUAAUGUUAGUGCAGAGUUACGAUCUCAUUUAAAACUGGAUAAAAUUCAUGGAGGAACGAGUAGUGGUUACGAGAGUAUGCUGAGGGAUAGUGAAGUGUCUGCUUCAUCGUCAACUCAUGAAGAUAGUAAUAGUGAAUCUUCAGAAGACAAGAAAAAACAGAAAAAAGGUUCAAGAAGAAGUAGAUCUGCGCCUGCUAGAUCUGACAGUGAAGGGAAGAAAAGUCCCUCAUCAAAAGCCUGGGUUGAUACUCGACAGAUACAGAAAAUAAAAGAGGAACCAUUUGAGAUCAAAUCAUAUAACAUGGAUGAUGUUGAAAGAUUGGGCAGACGGCGACAGGAUGAAUUACAGGAAUCUGAAGUCAAACCAAAAGAUCUGAUAUGUAAACAUGAGGAUCGGAACCAGUCAUACUUUGAUUGUAAAUUUCUGAUGUGUUUUUGUCGAAACAAACCCAAACAAACAGAGGUGUAACAUUGUGUUCAGUUCAACUUGGUGCUUAUUUUUAACUUUAGUGCUAAAAACAUUACUUUGUAUGCAAUGCAGACUUUGUAUGCAAUUUUUUCUACAUUUUUUAUUACCAUCGGUAAAACUAAGCAGUGUGACUGCUUAGGUUUAUUUUACAUUAUUUCAUGCCUUUUUGUGAUAUUUUUUUGUUAAGACUGUACAAUUUGCACAAUUAUGUUUUAUUUUGGCGGAAAGUUUCAUCAAUAUUGUGAUUAUAUGUUUGUAUAAUAUUUAAGAUUGUUUUGCAAUAUAUUUCAUAUUUUGUAAAGUAUUUUCUUUUCUACCUGUAGAAUUUUUAUAUGAUUAAUUUCAAACAUGAAUUUAAAUAUGAUUCACAGUUAGAUUGUCAACAAGAUUUUAAUAUCAUAAUAAUUUUUAGUGUUUAGUACGAUUUUUUCUAGCAAUAUUUUCAUUUUUCAUUUACUAAAAAUAGAACAUUAAUACAUGUUUUUCACACAUUUUUGUCAUAUUUUUUUUUAAAGAAAUAUGUAAAAAUUUUAAAUGUUUACAAUUUGAUUUUAUCAUUAACGACUUGGAUAGUCAAAGAUUACAUAUAUUUAUGUGGUUUUUUUUGUUUUGUUUUUGAAAAUCACUUUUAAAUGUUGAAAAGUUAUAUUUAUAUGUGCUGUGCACAAAAUUCUGAAAUGAUAUUUUUCAUUUGGUAGAAAAUUUGUCAUUAAUAACCCAGCAUAGUCAAUGCUUAAAAUUAUGUCCCUUUCCUGUUUGUUAUCCAACUUAUUUUUAGCUCAUAGAGAUAUAUGAAUAAUGCCCUUUAAAAUGUGCCUUUCCACUAGAAUUCAGUAUUAGGUAUUUGAGGCUUUACUAAAACUGUAUUAUAGAUCUGGUUUCAUGUUUACAAUAUACGAAAACAUUUUUUCUGGUUAUUAAAUAUAUAUAAAUAUAAGGUGGUUAUUGUCUCUAGUUUUCUUGCAUAAAUUCAGCUACCUCGUUUAAUUUAUUUGUGUAGACAUUUGAAUCUUAAAACAAAAAAAUCAAAAUGGUUGUUAUAGAAAACUACAGCAUUUUACUUUAAAAAAAAUAGCAAAUCAAAAUACUUCAAAAAUAAUUAUGACAUGAAAAUUUCAGAAAAUGUUUGUUUGACGAAGGGAGAUAAUCCAGAUGAAUAUCUUUCUUUCAUUUUUAAUGUGUUCUACAAUACUUUGAUGAACUUUGAUUUCCUUACAUAGAAAAACAUAAUUUUGUAGCAAUAGCUUGUAACCAUUGUAGUACAUUUUGACCAGAGAGGUUGUACUGUAUAGUUAUGUUUGAUUUGACUGUACAUUUUUGUAUUCAUUAUUUAUUUGUACAGUGUACUAGAGGUACUAGCAUUGAAAGCCAAAUUUAAAAAAUAUAUUUGUAAACUGA